CCUCAGGAAUGGAUAGAGAUGGAUCCCCACGUCAGCUUGUACGUCUAAGGAUUUCUGCUCCUCCAGUCUGCCUCAAAGUGGCUGAGCGCAGCGCGGCGGAGGAACUAUGCGAGGACCAUUAUAGGACCGUUUCCAACCGCCGAAUAUGGAUUUUAAUGAGCGGAUUUCUAGCUCCAAUAUGUAUUUACCAAGCUGCACUUACUAUGUCUCCGGAGCGGACUUCUCGAGUCUCCCACAUUAUUUAACCCAGAGCCAGUCCUCGUGCCCCAUGACCUACCCUUACCAGUCCUCAGCCCUGCCACAGGUCCCGUCCGUGAGAGAGGUGGCUUUCAGAGACUAUGGGAUUGACACGUCCAAUAAAUGGCACCACAGCAGGGGGAGCUUGUCGCACUGCUACCCGGAGGACCUCGUGCACAGGGACGGUUGGACGAGCCCAACUUCACGGGGGGGAGAGAUCCUGGUGAAAGGCAUCUCCGGCGGCAGCCACCCCGGCGCCUCCAACCCGCCGCCCGGCUUCCACGGCAGCAUCGGGCGGAACGGCGUCCUGCCGCAGGCGUUCGACCAGUUCUUCGACACCGCUUACGGGAGCGCGGAGACCAGCGCGACGCCGACGGCCCCGGCGGCGGGCUCGGACAGACACGCCGCCAAAGCGAGUCCCGCUCCGGCUCAUCCGUGCUCGGACAUGGCGGAGAGCUGCAGCCCCAAGUCGUCCUCCGGCCACAGCGAGGACAAGCAGAGCAAAAGCAGCGGUGGCCAGAGGACGCGCAAAAAGAGAUGCCCGUAUUCAAAGUAUCAGAUCAGAGAACUGGAGAGGGAAUUCUUUUUCAGCGUUUACAUCAACAAAGAGAAGCGCAUGCAGCUCUCCCGCAUGCUCAAUCUGACAGAUCGACAGGUCAAAAUCUGGUUUCAGAACAGGAGGAUGAAGGAGAAGAAACUGAACAGAGACCGUUUACAGUACUACACCACGAACCCCCUGCUAUAAACACUGAACAAAGACUGUCACUGACGUGCAGCCAUUCAGCCAGUCACCAAGACUAUACACUGCUGCAUAUUUUAAAGGAUGGCGGAUUUUUAACGUGGGCACUUCAUAUACAAUUGUAUAGUAUUUAUACACUAUUUUGUCAUUACGCACCGUUGAAAGUAUUAUUAUUAUUAAUUAUAAAGAACAUGGCUGUUAUUCAGCCUGCCCAACAACCAACAGUUUUCUCAUGGUUAAAAUGACGUGGUUGCGUGGUGUGCUCAAGCGGAAAGCCUUGUGUCGGGAUUCAUUUUUGUUUAAUUUAAUAAUAAACGGAUAUUACUGUGCCGUCAUUUUUUAUUUUCUAUUUUCUUCAAUUUUAUGGAUUCUGAAUUCGUUCAUAUUUACGCACGGAGCUGUUCUCUUUACACCAAAACUACUGUCCGUGUAUUUUUUUCUUCAGUUUCUUGUAAUAUUUUAACUUUAUUGUAAAAAAUACAACUCCGGUGACUAUAAACCUAUUUUGUGUGUUCAUGAAUCAGAUCUGACCUGCCACUAUUGGCGAGAAACGUUGCCCCCUAAAUGACCGCUCAACGUUUCAAAGUUGGAGAGUGAGUCCAAUUAUAAAAUGUUAUAGCAAUUCAUCUACUCCAUGCGUUUCAAGCGUGGUGAUCGUGGAUAUAUAACAUCUGCGCUUGAUCCUUCGUUGCAGGCGUUUAGCUGAGCUAUUGGCCGUAAUUAUUCCCCAACUUCACCCAAAGAGCCAACCGCUGAUAAAAGAGCGAAACCCCCUAAUGAAACACGAUCCAAUAUUUUAUUUCAGAUGCCAGCACGUGCACCGUAUCAGCUUCAUGAUGUGUAGGUUUGGUGCUUUUUAUUUCCUCAUGACUGGAAAUGGGAUCCUGUGCAGUUAUUGUUUGAUAUCCAUUACAAAGAGGUCAGUCAUUUCUGGGGCGAUGAGGAGAGACUGCUUUCUGACCUAACAUGCCUGUUAGGCACAGAAUCCUGACACUUGUUUGAAUGCAGAUAUGUAACAGGCCGUGCUACUUUGCAGAUCAAGAAUUUAUUUGUGUGAUUAUACCCUCAUCAAAGUAGUUACACUUUAUCAAUUGCAUCCACCGCGAGUGCGAACCCAUCAGGCGGGGACACUGGGGCAAAUACCCAUUAAGCAUCCCUAUCUGCUCAUUAAUUUAUCACCUGGAGCCCUUUAAUCCAAAUAUGCAUGUGUUUGAUGCUAUGCAUUUAGACUACGGGGGUUUAUGUUAGCCUACGGGGGAAGGUCAAAUGAAGCCGUGCGCAUAAUGAGAUGGGUAAAAUUUGGCUCUAGGUGGCUUUGUAUCCACCACCAGUCCCCUGAAAACAACUUCAAUGGUCUACCAUAAUCUAAUAAUGGCCCUGAUGCCUUCCUUAUACUGUGCAUCCUGUGAGACUCCCAGGAAUUCGGCUUUGAUUGCUGCACAUCCUCCCAGUUGCUCCAGUAACUUGGCCAUAAAAGGCGGAUUCGUCUGGAGCAUUUGGAGUGCAGUGCAAUAAAGCGUCUGAGACCAAGGUUAUUAACUGUGACUAUAGGGGCUGAAUACAACGGCCGGGAGCAUUGGAGGCUUGUGUUCACGGACCUUUCCGGCGUCAUUUCUUUCAGCAUCGGACCGUCGUAGGAUUAUUCUGCGCUUGUGUCGUGCUGCAUUGUGUUUCGUGUCCUGUUCAUCCACUGGGUGGCGCUGCUCAGAUCAAUGUCAUUGCCAUGAAUUGAGAUAUAAAAGACGUUUGACUCGCAUCUCGGCUGCUUUAAAAAAAGGCACCAUCGGAGGAUUUCACCAAUACGGUAUGGACUGAGAUGUUAAUGCUUCCACUGCCUAAUGUUUGCUAAUGUGAUUCAAGGUGUUGGCUUCUGUUUUUCUAUUUGGUCGCGCCUUCAUCUGAAAACUGUACAGCGCUAUUUUAUCAUUUUGAGCACCACAGAUGCUACGAUACCCUGAAAGCAAAACCACCUGAAGGAAAUAGUGAACAUCAAAUCCAGAUGUUAUUGGUCCGAGUGACCAACGUGUACUGACCAAUAAGAUCAGUCCAGGGCCUACAUUUUAAAUAUUGCGUUGCUCACUGAGCUUUGCAAUUACAGUUUAUAAAGUAUAGUACAACUAUAUUUUGUUCAAACUUACAUUGGACAUGUGUCGUUUAUUGUUUGUUAAACUUGCGUGUUUCUUCAUAUGGUUCGUUACUUUGUGUGUGUCAUUUUGCGUGCCUGCAUGGACACAAACAGAGAGACAUUAAGACAAAAAAACAGUCAGUUUGGGAUUUUAUCAAUAUGUCUAACAAAUAACUUUUCUAACUUUUCAUUUUUAAUGAGUUAAAAACGUUUUAUGGGAAUAAUGACACAAUAGCUCAACGCAUUAUCCACGGGUUUAAUGAUUAGUAUCAUUCAUUUCAGCGAGACAUGCUGCAGAAUUGAUGUCAAAUGAAAUGGCUGAUUUCUAGACUGCAUGGCUCCAGACUUACAGGGAAUACAGUUAUCCAAUUGUGAAGCUAUUCCAACCACGUUUUCAGACAUUUUUAGGCUGGUCUAAAUCUGUAGGCCUGUGUUUUAAACUCCUGAUAACACUGACGGUCUUUUCCACGAUUGUGUGUGAGUAUUUCCGUUUUUUAUUUUAUUUUGAAUAAAGUCUACAAAUGUGUGUACACUCGUUGGUAACAAAUAUCCCCAGACCAUGACGAAAUUACAGUAUGUCUAAUUAUUAUUUUUAUUUCAAUUUCAAACUAAAUUUUAAAUUACAAACGUACUAUAUUUUGCA